AUGGGAUUGGAACCAACAGAAGAUCAUUUAAAUCCAGUACAUGUUUUACAAGAAUUAGAAAAUCAAUUACCAGAUAAUGCUAUUUUAAUUGGCGAUGGUGGAGAUUUUGUAGCUACAGCUGCUUAUGUACUUCGUCCACGAGCACCAUUAACUUGGUUAGAUCCUGGUGCAUUUGGCACAUUAGGUGUUGGUGCAGGAUUUGCUUUAGGUGCAAAAUUAGUUCGACCUGAAGCAAGUGUUUGGAUUGUCUAUGGUGAUGGUGCUCUUGGUUAUAGUAUUAUGGAAUAUGAUACAUUUAUUCGACAUAAAAUACCAAUUAUAUCAAUUGUGGGUAAUGAUGCUUGUUGGAGUCAAAUUGCUCGUGAUCAAGUUCCAUUAUUAGGCAGUAUUGUUGGAUGUUCAUUAGAGUUUUCAAAUUAUGACAAAAUAGUCGAAUCUUUGGGUGGUAUUGGUUUUCGACUUGAUCGAACAAAUGAAAAUGAAAUGAUUAAUAUAUUUAAACAAGCUAAUGAAAUUAAUCAACAACACCGAAAAAGUGUUCUUAUUAAUUGUCUUAUUGGAAAAACAAAUUUUCGCCAAGGCAGUAUAUCAGUUUAA